AUGGCGAAUUCAACUGUCAGGGCCUACCAGGAGCGCCUGCCGGCGGUCCCCGAAUGGUUGAAUAAGGGCGACAACGCGUGGCAGAUGACGGCGGCGACGCUCGUCGGCCUCCAGUCCAUGCCUGGCCUCGUCAUCCUCUACGCCAGCAUCGUCAAGAAGAAGUGGGCCGUCAACUCCGCCUUCAUGGCGCUCUACGCCUUCGCCGCGGUCCUCAUCUGCUGGGUCCUCGUCGGCUACCGCAUCGCCUUCGGCGACGAGCUCCUCCCUUUCUGGGGCGAAGGCGCCCUUGCCCUCGAGCAAAAGUACCUGACGAGGCGCGCCGCCGUGCCGGAGAGCACGCACUUCUACUCGAACGGGACGGUGGAGACGCGGAUGAACCAGCCGUACUUCCCGAUGGCGACGCUGGUGUAUUUCCAGUACACGUUCGCGGCGAUCACGACAAUCCUGCUGGCCGGAUCGGUGCUGGGGAGGAUGAACAUCAAGGCGUGGAUGGCGUUUGUGCCGCUGUGGCUGAUCUUCUGCUACACGGUCGGCGCGUACAGCCUUUGGGGCGGCGGGUUUUUGUACCACUGGGGUGUCAUCGAUUAUUCCGGCGGCUACGUCAUUCACCUUUCGUCGGGGAUUUCUGGAUUCACGGCUGCGUAUUGGGUUGGGCCGAGGUUAAAAGCUGACCGGGAAAGAUAUGUUCCGAACAAUAUACUGCUGAUGCUUGCCGGGGCCGGGCUGCUGUGGAUGGGCUGGUCGGGCUUCAAUGGCGGGGCACCUUAUGCUGCAAACAUAGUUUCUUCCAUAGCCAUCCUAAACACAAACAUAUCGGCAGCAACAAGCCUUCUUGUGUGGACAUCGCUCGAUGUUUUCUACUUCGGGAAACCUUCGGUUAUAGGGGCCGUUCAAGGGAUGAUAACCGGGCUCGCCUGCAUCACACCUGGUGCAGGUGUGGUGCAAUCGUGGGCGGCUAUAGUUUACGGCGUGCUUUCUGGGAGCAUUCCAUGGUACUCGAUGAUGAUUCUUCACAAAAAGUCAACUUUGUUACAGAAGGUCGACGACACGCUGGCCGUGUUCUACACGCACGCAGUUGCCGGAAUCCUCGGCGGCCUCCUGACCGGCCUAUUUGCCCACCCGACUCUUUGCAGUAUGCUUCUUCCAGUCACAAACACGAGAGGCGCCUUUUAUGGGGGCGGUAUCCUAUUCGUGAAGCAGCUUGUGGCGGCACUUUUCAUCAUCGGUUGGAACUUUGUGUCAACAACCGUGAUUCUGCUUGUAAUCCGGCUACUUCUGCCGCUGAGAAUGCCAGAGGAGCAGCUGAUGAUCGGGGACGAUGCAGUACACGGGGAGGAGGCGUAUGCAUUGUGGGGAGAUGGUGAAAAGUACGACUCGGCUAAGCACGGCUGGCAUAACCCGGCUGAGGAGAUUGCUCGACCGGCUGGGAUUUUCAAUGGGGCUCGUGGGGUGACUAUAGAUUUGUGA